GACGCAGAGUCAUUCGUAUGGUUGAACCGUAUCCUCCACUGCUCGCUUGCUCAUUCCAGGUUGAGCUAUUAGUUUCGCUCACACCCUAACAAUACUACCUAUUCCAUUACACUCUGGACAUCAUGUUCCCACUGCUGCCAACUUGAGGUUUUUCUCAAUUGCGUAUAUCUUCUAAGGUACAGGUAGGCCAUCCUCAUAAUUCCUUUUCUAGAAUCUGAAAUAUAUAUUUCCUUUUUUUUUUUUAAUUACAUAUUAUUAGAAAGGACUUCUUAGCAUAUAGUUGUUAUUGGCGCUCUUAGGGUAUUAUUGUAAAAUUAGAAAUUAAACUGGAUUUCGGUGAUUUUAAUUGCAUUCCAAAAGCCCUUGGAUUCAAUUAAACUUUGUAAAUUAUUAAAAUUUAUUCCAAACAAGAGAGGUUUUUUGGCAUUAAAAAAAAGGAAGACUUUGGACGAGGGGAGGCUCUCCUCAUUUCAAGGCCAGCACAAACCAUUGAUCUCAGCAGGGAUUUAUAGUAGGAUUUCAGACCGUCUAUCAACGAGAAUCCCCCAUGAUUCAAACUUGGGAUAAGAACUUGUCAUGAAGAUAGUUAACAAGACCAAGAUCAAAUUCAGAAUUACUUGUAGUGCACAUAUAUGUUACCUUUUGGAAAGGAAGCUAAAUCUGUUUUGAUGACUAUACAAUACGCAACAGUAAAAAGUUGUUAAAAGUCUUCCUACUGAUUCUCAGGAAUGAGGAUUGCCAAGGAAGAACCAUCUAGCAGUGCUGCAAAGGCAAUAGGCUUGAUGUCAGCAGUGAAGGAAUUGCACGGGGUUACUGCUAUGGAACUUAAUAAAUUAUUGAGAGAUGCUGAAAAUUUCACUAUUCACUACCUUACUGGAAAAGGAUCAUUGCUGAAGAUUGAUAUGGAAAAGCUUGCGGGAUCUCUUCCAUUGCACCUUACUACAGUUCUAAUGUCAUCUAAUACAGAUGAAGCCAUGUUCAGAUACUUGUUAUGCGGCAUUCGACUCUUGCAUUCCUUGUGUGAUUUAGCCUUCCGAAAUGCUAAAUUUGAGCAGAUUUUGCUAGAUGAUGUGAAAAUGCUGGAAAAGCUGAUUGACUUGGUUUUCUACACACUAAUUAUUCUUGGUGGUUACAGACAGGAAUACCAUGCUUUUAGUCAUAUGCACCUUAUGCAUUCAACUCUUGUAGCAUGCAAUUUAUAUCUAUUAACAGGGUUUUUAUCAACACAAUGGCACGAUAUUGUUCAUGUAUUGCUUGCGCACCCUAAGGUUGACAUAUUUAUGGAUGCAGCUUUUGGAGCAGUUCGCAUGGUUGUUAGGUGUCUGGAGAAUACAUUGAUAGUGUAUCAUGAAGAUAUUUCAAUGGAAUCAAAUUUUACAGCUGAACAAGCAGCUUAUUAUCUCUGCCAGCAGUGUGAAGCUUCUCUGCAAUUUCUUCAGUCAUUAUGCCAACAAAAAUUAUUUAAGGAGCGCCUGCUUAAGAAUAAGGAAUUAUGUGGAAAGGGAAGCAUUCUUUUUCUCGCUCAAUCCAUCUUAAAGUUACACAUUCAGCCAUCUUUUCCAACUAGGAUCAUGGCAGCUAUUUCUAGGCUAAAAGCUAAAAUACUGUCUAUCCUGCUGAGUUUGUGUGAAGCAGAAAGCAUUUCUUAUCUUGAUGAAGUAGCCAGCUCAGCACAAAGUUUAGAUUUGGCUAAAUCUGUUGCAUUAGAGGUGUUUGACUUGUUGAAGAAAGCUUUUGGAAGGGAUCCUGGACAUCUCACUACUGACAGAAGUCAUCCCAUGGGGUUUGUACAGCUCAAUGCGAUGCGUCUAGCUGACAUCUUCUCUGAUGAUUCAAACUUUCGAUCUUACAUGAUACUUUGUUUUACUAAAGUUCUGACAGCAAUAGUUUCACUCUCCCAUGGAGAUUUUUUAUCUUGUUGGUGUUCAUCUAAUCUCCCAGAGACAGAGGAGGAUGCAAGUCUUGAAUAUGAUAUAUUUUCUGCAGUUGGAUGGAUUUUGGACAAUACUUCACGGGUUGUAAGAAAUACUACAAAUUUGGAAUUCAACCUGAUCCCUAACAGCAUGCCCAAGGCUUCUUAUGCACAUCAAAGGACAUCAUUAUUUGUCAAGUUCUUUGCAAAUCUUCAUUGUUUUGUUCCCAACAUAUGUGAAGAGCAGGAGAGGAACCUUUUUGUUCUCAAGGUCCUGGAGUGCUUGCAAAUGGAUCUAUCUAACUUGCUGCCUGGGUUUUCUCUUGCUUCUGAUGCUCCUAAAGCUACCAUUGCAAGCAAAAACCUCUGCUCACUGUUGAGUCAUGCAGAGUCUUUGAUUCCAAACUUCUUAAAUGUGGAGGACGUGCAACUUUUAAGAGUGUUUUUUGGCGAAUUGCAAUCACUAUUUACUUCUACUGGAUUUGGGGAAAAUCGGGUUCAGGAUAGCAAAUUUGAGGAGUCAUUAUCUUGGGAUAAGUUUUCUAACAUCAAUAUCAACGAACAUUAUCAGGAAGCUCAGAGUGCAGGGGGAUGCUCAUCACCUUUAACUGGACAAGUACCUGCUGAUCUUAGUAAGAAGGAUGGUACCUUCAAGGAGGGAAUGUCUGAGAAUUCUGCAUUUCCAGACAUGGACCAACAUAAUACCAGAGCUGAAGAGACAAAUCAAGGCAAAAGCCAAAAUAGGCAAAAUCAUGUAGAAGACAAAUGCAUACCUGAUAAAACAGCAUCAGGAGGAGCGAGAGAUAUGGAUAAGGAUGCUCAGAAUGUUGAGACAAGUGGUUCAGACACUAGUUGUGCAAAAGGAAAAAAUCUUGAUAAUGCUCAGAAAGUUGUAGUUGAGGAAAAUCCAGAGGAUGAAAAGAUUGAACUUUCUCAUAGGAGAAAACGAAAGCGAACAAUAAUGAAUGAUGAACAGGUGACACUGAUUGAGACAGCACUCAUAGAUGAGCCUGAUAUGCAGCGAAAUGCAGCUUCACUUCAAUCAUGGGCUGGUAAAUUAAGUAAGCAUGGUUCUGAUGUUACAUCUUCACAGCUUAAAAAUUGGUUGAACAAUCGAAAAGCUAGGCUAGCUCGCACAGCUAGGGAUGUUCGAGCAGCAACAGGUGAUGUUGAAAAUUCAGUCCUGGACAAGCAAAGAGGGCCGGUAUCUGUGUCCUAUGACUACGCUGACAGUCCAGAAUUUGGUAAUUUCAAAGCUGGACAACAUGUUGUGCUUGUCGGUGCACGAGGAGAGGAAAUUGGCAGAGCAAAGGUGUUUCAGGUGCAAGGCAAGUGGAAUGGGAAGAGCUUGGAGGAAUUAGCCAACUGCGUUGUGGAUGUUUCUGAGCUCAAGGCUGAUAAAGGCUCACGGUUACCCUAUCCAUCAGAAGCCACUGGCACUUCAUUUGCAGAGGCGGAAACAAAGUUAGGUGUCAUGCGAGUGUUAUGGGAUUGUAAGAGAGUUUUUUCGUUGCGGUCUGAAUGAGUUCAAUCAUACUUCAGUGGUUCCCCAAAUGAACAUCUUUUCUAUUUCCAUAAACACUAGCUGAAGGGAUAACAGAUGAAUUAGCUGAGGAGAACAACAAUACCAAAUAGAAGAGUCGAGGUUUUUGACGAAGGGAUGGGUAGAAGAGAACCAGUUGUGGAAAAAACAAGGUCGUUUCAGCAUUCAAAGAUAAUUAAGGAUACAAACUAAGUUGAAUUUAAUCUGUAGGGAAACAGUGGACGUAAAUUAUGUUUAGAUUAGCAUUUGCAAAUCUUGCUCAUUUCAUGUCAAAAGUAAUAAUUUCAGAAUAGAAAGAAAUUUUUGGUUUGGAUUAGUUGUGAAAAUGACAGUAUAACUAAAAUUGAUCGUGUAAAAUUGUUCUACAGGAAAAUUAUGAAAAAUAUUUGUUUGCCUC